CCUGCCUCUAAAAUGAGACUCACUGGGGAGAGAGAGGAGGGGGGCCCUGCCUCUAAAAUGAGUCUCUCUGGGGAGAGAGAGAAGGGGGGCCCUGCCUCUAAAAGGAAUGUCUCUGGGGAACAUGGCACCAAAUCUAAGAGACCAAUCAAGCAGGAGAGGCCAGCCUCCCCUGUUCCCAGCUGUGUGUCCAUGAAGAGUGACCGGUCUAUGGAUGCUCUUAUAUACUUUAGAGAGGGAAACUAUUCUACUGAACAAAGAAACCAACAGGAGAGAUCGGAGUCAGAGAUGCUCAGUUGUCAGUCUUCCCAGAGUCAUGAAACAAACCUGGCCUCCAUAUUCAGUUUGCUUGAAGAAAAAAUGAUGACAUUUGUGAAGAACGAGCUGAGGCUGUUCAAGAGGAAUCUUUGUCCAGAACUCCCAGAAGGCUUUGAGAGUCAGAAGCAGGAUAAGGAAGUGGUGGAUGCUGAAGAUGAGAAGCAGGAGAGCAGUGCCAGAGAGGGGGCUCUGAAGAUCACACUGCACAUCCUGAGGAAAAUGAACCAGAAGGAGCUUGCUGACACACUGGAGAAAAAUGAGCUCGCUGUGAUUUGCCAACGUGAACUCAAAUCUAAUCUAAAGAAGAAGUUUCAAUGUGUAUUUGAGGGAAUCGCUAAACAAGGAAACCCAACACUUCUCAAUAAGAUCUACACAGAGCUCUACAUCACAGAGGGUGGAACAGGAGAGGUCAAUAAUGAACAUGAGCUGAGACAGAUUGAGACAACAACCAGGAAACAAGCAAGACCAGAGACUGCAAUCAAAUGUAACGACAUCUUCACACCCUUAACUGGACAAGACAAACCUAUCAGAACUGUGCUGACAAAGGGAGUCGCUGGCAUUGGAAAAACAGUCUCUGUGCAGAAGUUCAUUCUGGACUGGGCUGAAGGAAAAGCAAAUCAGGAUGUCCAAUUUGUAUUUUCAUUCCCUUUUCGGGAGCUGAAUUUGAUGAAAGAGGACAAACACACUCUAAUUGAACUUCUUAAUCACUUCUCAAUGGAAACCAAAGUUUCAAGAAUCUCCAACUACAACAAGUACAAAGUUCUGUUCAUCUUUGAUGGUCUGGAUGAGUGCCGACUGCCCCUAGACUUCCAGAAGAACAAGAUCUGUUGGGACGUCACAGAGUCAACCUCAGUGGAUGUUCUGCUGACAAAUCUCAUCAAGGGAAAUCUGCUUCCCUCUGCUCUCCUCUGGAUAACUACCCGACCUGCAGCAGCCAAUAAGAUCCCUUCAGGGUGUGUUGACCAGGUGACAGAGGUACGAGGGUUCAAUGACCCACAGAAGGAGGAGUACUUCAGGAAGAGAUUCAGUGAUGAGGACCUGGCCAGCAGAAUCAUCUCACACAUAAAGACAUCAAGGAGCCUCCACAUCAUGUGCCACAUUCCAGUCUUCUGUUGGAUUUCUGCAACAGUCCUUGAAGACAUGCUGAAACAUAAGAGAGAAGAGAUGCCCAAGACUCUGACUGAGAUGUACACACACCUUGUGGUGUUUCAUACCAAACAGAAGAAUGAAAAGUAUCUUGGGAAAGAAGAGACAGGUCCACACUGGAAUAAAGAGAGCAUUCUGUCACUGGGAAAACUGGCUUUUCAACAGCUUGUGAAGGGCAAUCUGAUUUUCUAUGAAGAAGACCUGAAAGAGGCUGGCAUUGAUGUCAAUGAAGCCUCAGUGUACUCAGGAUUGUGCACACAGCUCUUUAAAGAGGAAUGUGUGCUGUACCAGGACAAGGUGUACUGCUUCGUGCAUCUGAGCAUUCAGGAGUUUCUGGCUUCUGUAUAUGUGAAUCUUUCUGUGAGGAAAAGACACAAGCCUAAAUGUACAGUCUUCAAGAGUGCUGUGGAUAAAGCCUUACAAAGUAUGACGGGAAACCUGGACCUUUUCCUCCGCUUCCUUCUGGGCCUCUCACUGGAGUCCAAUCAGAAGCACUUACGAGGUCUACUGACAAAGACAAGAAGCAGCUCACAGAGCCAUGAAGAAACAGUCAAGUACAUCAAGAAGAAGAUCAGGGAGAAUCCCUCUCCAGAGAGGAGCAUCAAUCUGUUCCACUGUCUGAAUGAACUGAAUGACCAUUCUCUAGUGGAGGAGAUCCAAAGCUACCUGAGAUCAGGAAGUCUCUCAGAACCCAACCUGUCACCUGCACAGUGGUCAGCUCUGGUCUUUGUGUUGCUGACUUCAGAAAAGGAGCUGGAUGUGUUUGACCUGAAGAAAUACUCCAGAUCAGAGGAAGGUCUUCUGAAGCUGCUGCCAGUGGUCAAAGCCUCCAGAGCUGCUCUGCUGUCAGACUGUGGAGUCACAGAGGAAGGCUGUGCUUCUCUGGUCUCAGCUCUGAAGUCAAACCCUUCACACCUGAGAGAGCUGGACCUGAGUAACAAUGACCUGAAGGAUUCAGGAGUGAAGCUGCUCUCUGAUGGACUUGGGAAUCCCCACUGUAAACUGGAGACUCUGAGGCUGUCAGGCUGUCUCAUCACAGAGGAAGGCUGUGCUUCUCUGGUCUCAGCUCUGAGGUCAAACCCCUCACACCUGAGAGAGCUGGACCUGAGCUACAAUCACCCAGGAGACUCAGGAGUCAGACUGCUCUCUGCUGGACUGGAGGAUCCACACUGCAGACUGGAGAAACUCAAUGUGGAACAUGGUGGAGAGAACAGAAUGAAACCUGGACUUAGAAAAUAUGUCUGUGAUCUCACACUGGACCUAAACACAGUAAACAGACGCCUCUCUCUGUCUGAGGAGAACAGAAAGGUGACAUGUAGGACAGAGGAGCAGCCAUAUCCUGAUCACCCAGAGAGAUUUGAUGGCUGUGGACAGGUGCUGUGUAGAGAGGGUCUGACUGGGCGCUGUUACUGGGAGGUAGAGUGGAGUGGGAGAGGGGCUGAUAUAGGAGUGACAUAUAAAGGAAUCAGCAGGAGAGGAGGGGUUAAGGAAUGUUGGCUUGGAUACAAUGACAAGUCCUGGAGCCUGUACUGCUGUGACAACCGUUACAUUGCCUGUCACAAUAAUAAUCCCACUACCAUAGACGUCCACUCCUCCAGCCCCCACAGAGUAGGAGUGUAUCUGGACUGGCCAGCCGGCACUCUGUCCUUCUACAGAGUCUCCUCUGACACACUGACCCACCUGAUCACAUUCACCUCCACAUUCACUGAGCCCCUCUAUCCAGGGUUUAGGGUUUAUGAUGAUUCCUUUGGGAUUUGGAACUCCUCAGUGUCCCUGUGCCAGUGAUACACACACACUAUCUCACUCACACACAGACACUCACACACUGGACAGACACACACACUGGACGGACACUCACACA